AUGAUAAGAAUAUUAAUAAUUUUUGUGUUUAUUAUCUUUAUUUUCAAGUUAAAUGUAAAUUUUAUAUUAAUUAAAAAUAAAAAAAAAUUUUCUUUGUUUAUAAUAAAUAAAAAUAAAUGGAAUACAAAAAAUAAAAAAAUAAAAAAAAAUCUAAAAACGUAUUUAUGGGGUUACCCUAUAUAUGAUGAUUCACCAAAUAAAUUAAGAAGACCCAAAAUUUAUCCAAAUUUUGAAUAUGGUGAAUUAAGAAAAGGACAAGAUUUUGAUUAUGUAAUUAGUACUAAUAUUAGUCAAAAUAACUAUAAAAUUCCUGAUGUUGGCUAUUUAUUUAAAGUUGAUGAAAUGGGAACAGGAAAAAUGGAUGAUGUCCACACACCUAUUGAAAUGGUUUUUGGUGAAAAAGAUAUUGAUAUGAAAGAAGUUGACAAAAUUAAAAAAGUCCUGAACAUUUUUGAUCAAGGAAAUGGUUUAGGAAUAUGUACAUUAAUGGGAGCUAAAAGAGCACACUUUGCCUUUAAGUAUAAUGGAUAUCUAAAUCAUUUUUAUGGGAUAAAAAAUUAUUUAAGGUUUUUAAUUAAUAAACAUUACCCCGGAGCAAAAGUAACACUUAUUAGUGAGCAUUGGAUUGAUUCUAUAGAUAAACCUGUAUGUAUUAGGCACAGUAACAUCCCAUUUUCAAAAAUUGGAUAUCAAAGAAGAUUAAUAUUUGGAAAAUAUGAUUAUAUAUAUGAAAAUGACAAAAACAAAAGAAUAUACAAAGGAGAAAAUAAGAGUAAUGUAUGGGCUUUCUAUGAUGAUCCUCAAAUGUUAACAUAA